AUGUUUCGCCAGCCAGCAGCGCGACUGAGGCAAAUAGCCUCACCUUUGCUCAAGCGAGGAGGCGCUCGAGCACGUACCGGACGCGAGCAGACAUUCAGAUCCGAACAUUCUCAACGGCCAUUUUGGAACUCAGGAAGGGUCUUGCUGUUUUCUGCCGUCACCGGCACAACUACGUACUUCUAUGGCGCCAACGAUGAACCUCACAGGAUUCAAAUGCCAUGGCUCAAGUCCUCAGGACCUCAAUAUGCGUCCAAACACGAGAUGGAGAAGGCGAUUGAAGAAUUAAGGACAACACUUGGAGAAGAUGCGAUUAGUACCGAUGACGAAGAUUUGCACAGACAUGGAUACUCGGAAUGGUCGUCCAUUAACAUCGACCAGCUCCCAGUUGCGGUGGCUUACCCAAAAUCUACGGAAGAGUGUGCCUCGAUCGCCAAGGUCUGCUACAAAUACAAGAUACCCAUGAUUCCCUAUUCUGGAGGAUCAAGCCUUGAGGCCAACUUCUCGGCUCCGUUUGGCGGAAUGAGCAUCGACUUCUCGUUCAUGGACCAGAUUGUGGCCUUGCACGAAGAUGAUAUGGAUGUCGUAGUUCAGCCUUCGGUACCCUGGAUGAGUCUCAACGACCAGAUCAAAGACUCAGGUCUGUUUUUUCCAGUUGACCCCGGUCCAUCGGCUCGAAUUGGAGGCAUGGUUGGUACAAGCUGCAGUGGGACUAACGCGGUGCGAUACGGCACGAUGAAGGAUUGGGUCAUCAAUCUGACCGUAGUCCUCGCGGACGGCACAAUCAUUAAAACAAGACGCAGGCCUAGGAAAUCGUCUGCCGGUUACAAUCUUACCAACCUCUUCGUUGGCUCCGAAGGAACACUGGGCAUAGUGACCGAAAUCACUUUGAAACUCGCUGUAGUUCCCCAAGAAACCAGUGUCGCAGUUGUGACUUUCCCCACAAUUCGAGAUGCCGCAGCAGCAGCUUCCAAGGUAUUGCGCGCUGGAAUACCAGUAGCUGCGAUGGAAAUCAUGGACGACGUGCAAAUGGGGGUGAUCAACAAAGCCGGAUCAACGACCAAGAAAUGGAAAGAAUUACCGACAAUGUUUUUCAAAUUCUCGGGAACCAAGGCAGGGGUACAAGAGAACAUUGAGCUGGUGAAGUCCAUUUCAAGGAAACACAAAAGCGGAGAUUUUGAGUUUGCUGUCAGCGCCGAGGAGCAGAAGACACUAUGGUCGGCGCGCAAGGAGUCUCUGUGGAGCAUGUUGGCGCUCCGUCGCGAAGGUGACGAGGUGUGGUCAACGGAUGUCGCGGUGCCUAUUUCCAGACUGCCCGACAUCAUCGAAAUCUCGAAGAGGGAAAUGGACGACCUCGGCCUUUUCGCGAGCAUCCUAGGUCACAUUGGAGACGGCAACUUCCACGAAAGCAUCAUGUACAACAGCAAGGAUCCCAAAGAGCGGGCGGCUGUGGAGAAAUGCGUUCACGACAUGGUCGACCGUGCGCUUCAGAUGGAGGGCACAUGCACCGGCGAGCACGGCAUUGGGUUGGGAAAGAAAGCAUCACUGGAAAAAGAGCUCGGCCUAGACACCAUCAACGUGAUGAGAAGCAUUAAGGGCGCAUUGGACCCGUACUGGCUCAUGAACCCAGGAAAGAUCAUGGACGCUCAGGCCAAGAGCUUUCCCAAGAAGAAGUGCGGUGUGCUCGGCGCGACUGGCUCGGUCGGCCAGCGCUUCAUCCUCCUUCUGGCACUACACCCACACUUUGAACUACACGCUGUUGGAGCAUCUGAGCGGUCAGCUGGCAAGAAGUACAAGGAUGCCGUCAAGUGGAAGCAGGCGCUGCCUUUCUCCGAGCGCAUUGGAGAAUUGGUGGUGAAGAAAUGCACACCUGAAGAGUUCAAGGACUGUGACAUGGUCUUCUCUGGACUCGAUAGCGAUGUCGCCGGAGACGUCGAAAUGGCCUUCCUCAAGUCCGAACUGGCCGUCUUCUCCAACGCAAAGAACUACCGCCGUGAUCCUCUCGUACCGCUCGUCGUUCCCACCGUGAACCUCCCACAUCUCGAUGUCAUCAAGCACCAGAGACAACAUCACAAGCUGGAGAAGGGCUUCCUUGUCUGCAACUCGAACUGCGCAGUCAUCGGUCUCGUCAUACCAUUCGCAGCACUACAAGCGAAGUUCGGUCCCAUAGAUCAAGUCUCAGUCGUCACAAUGCAGGCCGUGUCUGGCGCUGGCUACCCCGGCGUAAGCAGCAUGGACAUCAUCGACAACGUCGUGCCCUUUAUAUCAGGCGAGGAAGACAAGCUCGAGACGGAGGCAUCUAAGAUCCUCGGCAGCGUCAACGACGACGUCACAGGAUUCGUAGACCAGCCUAUGAAGGUCUCCGCAGCAUGCAACCGCGUACCAGUACUUGACGGACACACUGCAUGCGUAUCGCUACGCUUCCAACGCCGCCCGGCACCCAGCGAGGAAGAGGUCAAGCAGGCAAUGCGCGAGUAUGUGUCCGAUGCGCAGAAACUGGGUUGCCCAUCAGCGCCUGCAAAGGCUAUUGUGGUCAUGGACGAGGCGGAUAGGCCGCAGCCAAGACUAGACAGAGAGACAGAUCGGGGAUAUGCUGUCAGUGUAGGUAGGAUAAGAGAGGAUGAGGCAGGCAUCUUUGAUCUCAAGUUCGUCGCACUUAGCCACAACACCGUCAUUGGAGCGGCAGGAUCGUCGAUAUUGAACGCAGAAGCGGCGGUACUGAAGGGCUAUGCCUAG